CACCCUUUCCUCUUUCUCUCUCUGUCUCUCCUUUUUCUCCCCCUUUAAUCUUUCCAUCUCCUGUUCUUCAAUUCCGGCUGUGUAAUCCGGUCAAAUUCCUGUUUUUUUGAUGCUUAGAUUCUCGGUUUCUGCUGUUUGAUUUUGCUGCUCUCUCUCUCUCUCUUUCUCUCUCUCUCUGCUUCCCACUUCUUUGGAUCCUCUUCUUUUUCCGACGCCACGGAUGAUGGCUAGAGCCUCUGCAAAUGUGCAGGAAAUGGAUCCGGUGGAGAGGUUGACCUCGGGGUUCGAGCGCUUCAAGAAGGAGGUCUACGAGGAAAACCCCGAUCUGUUCUCCCAACUCGCAGUCGGGCAGAGCCCUAAGUUCAUGGUGUUUGCAUGUGCCGAUUCCCGUGUGUGCCCGUCGGUGGUGCUCAACUUCCAGCCGGGGGAGGCCUUCACCGUCCGCAACAUCGCCAACAUGGUUCCCCCGUAUGAUCAGACAAAGUACUCCGGGGUCGGGGCUGCCAUCGAAUAUGCCGUCCUCAAUCUCAAGGUUGAGUACAUCGUGGUGAUGGGCCACAGCAGCUGCGGUGGAAUCAAGGGGCUGAUGUCCAUCGAAGAAGACGGCACCACCAGCACUGACUUCAUAGAGGAGUGGGUGAAGAUUUGUUUGCCGGCAAAGGAGAAGGUGGUGGCUGAGCACGCAGCCUUAUCUUUCGCUGAUCAAUGCACCCAAUGCGAGAAGGAAGCGGUGAAUGUCUCCCUUGAGAACCUGAAGACUUACCCCUUCGUCAGCGACGCGCUGGAGAAGACGACCUUGAAGCUAAUCGGGGCGCACUACGAUUUCGUCGCUGGCAGCUUCGAGGCUUGGGAGACUUGAACGCGCAGUCGGCACCAACAUGGAACAACCAUAGUUUGGAGCCAAUGUACUCUAAUAAAAACAAUUUACUACAAUUAUCUUC